UCCACACGCUUCCCCUCCCUCCCGCUCUCAUGGCAGCGAGCCAUGGCGUCUCUCCUCACACCUCACCCUCUCCCCACCCGCCUCGCCGCAGCCUCCUCGUCCUCUGUCUCCCUCAAGCGAGUCCUUCCUCCACUUGCAUGCCAUGCCCGCAACCUGUUCGACGUAUUGCCCCAAAGCGACGGCAACUCUGACGUCGUUGCAAACGGCAACCCCUCAAGAACCGAGGAAGGUGGAGCAGGCUCGGUCAGCGUCCCACGUACAACGGCUCAGGGUGGAGUGACCCGGGAGGCAAACCUGUCUGCGAGUCAGGGAAGGGACCGUGGGGCAAGGCGCUGGAUAAGAGGGGGUGACAGGCUUGUGCUCGGAGAAGGCAAGGAGGGGGAAGUUGUACAGACGGGUUGGAGGGGAGGCCAUGGAAGUACCGGGGGAUCUGAAGGGCGCGGGCGGGGCAGACGCUGGAUGAGAGGGGUAAUGCGGGUGCAGGAACCCGUGAAGGCUGCAAAUUUGGCAACAAGUGGUGAAGAUAGAGGAGUAGGAAAUGUGAGUAAGAGGGGGAAGCGGUCGAAGGGCAGUGAGCGCGGAGUCAAGCUGAGAGUUGAGCUGGAUAUGUGCUCAAAGAGAGGAGAUGUUAUGGGAGCAAUCGACCUGUAUGAUUCUGCGGUGAGGGAGGGGGUCAGGAUGGGGCAGCACCAUUACAAUGUGCUGCUUUACCUGUGCUCUUCUGCCGCCCUUGGAACUGUGCAACCGGCAAAAAGUGGCACCAAUGGUAAAUUAAAUUCUGCAUCGGCUGAAAGCUCGGGGUGUUCAGAGGACAACGAUAUGCAUGAAGACCCUGUUCAUGACCAGGAGAGAAAUAAGUUCAGUUUGUUCCGUUUGGAGGAAACAGCUAGCGGCAUACCGAUAAGUGAUGAGAUCAAAGAGUAUGCACGGACUCGAGGGUUUGAGAUAUUUGAAAAAAUGCGCUCGGAGAAAGAGAGGGUUCAGAUGAGUGAGGCUGCGUUGACUGCAGUUGCCCGUAUGGCGAUGUCCAUGGGGAACGGUGACAUGGCCUUUGAAACUGUCAAACAAAUGAAAGAGCUGGGUAUAGCACCAAAGUUGCGCUCAUAUGGCCCUGCGUUAGCAGCAUUUUGCAGCAGCGGCGAUGUUGAUAAGGCAUUUGAAGUAGAGGCCCAUAUGUUGGAGUCUGGGGUCAUACCUGAAGAGCCUGAAUUGGGGAUGCUUCUUAGUGCUUCUGUGGUCGCCAGACAAGGUGAUAGGGUCUAUUAUUUGCUGCAUAAGUUCAGGACUACUGUAAGACAGGUAUCUCAAUCUACAGCCAAAUUGUUAGAGGCUUGGUUUAGUAGCUCAACAGCAUCCAAAGUGGGGAAGAGAAAGUGGAAUAUCUCUGUUUUAGCAGAAGCAAUUGAAAAUAAUGGAGGGGGUUGGCAUGGUUUGGGUUGGUUAGGGAGGGGAAAAUGGAUCAUAACACGCUCCCACAUUGACAAGAAUGGUGUCUGCCUUGCUUGUGGAGACAAGUUGGCUAUUAUAGACCUUGAUCCAAAGGAGACAGAGGAUUUUGCCACAAUGGUGGCAAAACUAGCUCUCAAGAGAGUGAAGAACUCAAACUUUGAGAAAUUUCAGAAAUGGCUGGAAAAGCAUGGCCCUUUUGAUGCAGUUAUGGAUGCUGCCAAUGUUGGUCUUAGCCAGAGUCAUCUUUCCUUGAGUAAGGUCAGUGCUGUUGCUGAUGCCACACAGAAAAGGUUUCCAUCAAGAAAGUGGCCUUUGAUAGUUGUGCAUAACAGACAUCUCGCUGGAAAACACAUGAAAAACCCUGCUAAUCAGAAGUUGGUUCAAAAGUGGAAGCAAGCAAAUGCUGUAUAUGAAACCCCCACUGGCUCAAAUGAUGAUUGGUACUGGUUGUUUGCUGCAAUCAGAUGGAAAUGCUUGAUGAUUACAAAUGAUGAAAUGAGAGACCACACAUUUCAGCUCCUGGAGAAAGACUUUUUCCCCAAAUGGAAGGAAAGGCAUCAGGUACACUUCACUUUUGGGGACAACUGUGUUACAUUUCAAAUGCCACCUCCUUGCUCGGUUGUGAUUCAGAUGGUUAAGGAGAAUCUAGGAAGAUCAUCAUUGCUGUAUGAUCUCAGAUACCGAGAUACCAUCGUUUAGCAUUGAUAAAAGGCUCGUAUUGAAUGGGUCUUUUAGGUAGUACAUCUGUAACAUCUGUAGUUCUAGCUUCGACCUUUAGCUUGCAAUAAUUAAUCAGGCAUACAUAUGAUUGAUUUAUGGGUUGUUCAGGAAUUCGUUAACUGGUAACGGCUCGCUCGGCCACUGAAUAGCGAUUAAUCGGCCAAUUCGGUAAUCAGCAUUUAUCGGCUACUCAGUGAGCCACUGAGUAGCGAUUAACUGGCCAUUUAAUCGGUGAUUCGGCCGAAUUCUUGAACAAUUUUAUGCACAGACAGGAUUUUCUUUUGUUUUCAAUGCUUCAAUCAGAUUCAUGUAGCUCAUUGUUCUCUAUCUGGUCAGACUUUUUAAUUGU